UAUUCAAAGACGAGUUUCUAAAAUUAUUUAUUUGGAGUAUUAAUUUGGAUGAGGAAAGAGAGCGAGAGAAUGAGAGAAAAAACAGGAUCAAUUUCGGAGUUUUAACUUCGGGAAUAUGAACGAAUCACAAGAAUUUGGUCGAGGAGAUCGUUGAUGUUCUUCCUGAUGAAGAACUGAACAACAAUUUGUCAAAUUGUAGAUUCUGUUCUUCUUCUCGGAACGCCAACCAUUUCUUAGUAAAUCCAUAUGUGCAUUCUCAGGUUUUGUGUAGGGAUCAUCACUGAGGAAUUUGGAAAUGUCUGAAGAGGAUUUCUAUCGGUUUGCUGAUUGAAAUUUAUUGCAAUCAUCAAAUUGAAAGGUUGACGACGGUGGAUUGCGUCGUUCUGAGUGUUUGGUAGGUCUGGAGUGCUUUCUAAACGUUGUCAGGGCCCUCGGGAUGGGAUCAUGUCUCUCUGGGGAGCGCAAGAACCGAAAGAUCGUUUAUUCUGAGAUCGCUUCCACUUCUCAUAAUGAUGCCGUUUUUACCCGAAAGAGCUCCAGGAGGAAGAUUACGAGAAGAGGUUGUCCCGUUGAUGACGCUACAAGGGAGAUGUCGCUUCAUCGAGUUCCUGGCCGGAUGUUUUUGAAUGGAUCAACUGAUAAUGCGACGCUCUUUACUAGGCAAGGCAAGAAAGGCGUUAAUCAGGACGCUAUGAUUGUCUGGGAGAAUUUUGGUUCAAAAGAAGAUGCAACCUUUUGUGGAGUCUUUGAUGGACACGGUCCCUUUGGCCAUAUGGUUGCAAAGAAAGUCAGAGAUUCUCUUCCUCUAAAACUGAGUGCUCAGUGGGAAUUGGACGCUACCAGAGGGAAUGGGCAAACUGAGGCGAGAUGUCGAGUCUCUCCACCAACGCUGAUUAACAAGGACUCUGAAAUCUCUCAUUGUGAUCUUGCUCGUCAGGACGGUUACAAUGACAUGUAUGUCAACUUGAAAGAGUCUUUUCUAAAGGCUUUUAAGGUGAUGGACAAGGAGCUUAAACUACAUCCUCAUAUUGAUUGCUUUUCCAGUGGUACAACAUCAGUUGCUUUGGUCAAACAGGGUCGGGAUCUUAUCAUCGGAAAUGUUGGGGACUCGAGGGCUGUAUUAGGUACCAGAGAUAAAUCUAACUCUCUCAUUGCAGUUCAGUUGACUGUGGACCUCAAGCCAAAUCUUCCAAGGGAAGCUGAAAGGAUCAGACUUUGCAAAGGAAGAAUCUUUGCUCUUCAAAGUGAGCCUCAGAUUUUUCGGGUUUGGCUUCCCAACAGUGAUUGUCCUGGUCUUGCUAUGGCCAGAGCCUUUGGAGAUUUCUGUUUAAAAGACUUUGGCUUGAUAGCCGUUCCUGACGUUUCUUAUUAUCAUCUUUCUGAGAAAGAUGAAUUUGUGGUACUGGCUACAGAUGGGGUUUGGGAUGUUCUCUCAAAUGAAGAGGUUGUGGCAACUGUUGCAUCUUCCCCAAGAUCCUCUGCAGCUCGUAACCUUGUGGAUUCAGCUACUCGAGCUUGGAGAUGUAAGUACCCUGCUGCCAAGGUGGAUGAUUGUGCUGUAGUCUGCCUGUUCCUGAACUCUAGUGAGACCACUACAGCGAUACCUAAAGAGCAGGAGUUCACUGAGGAAAUGGAAACUAAGUUCUCUUAACUUGCUUUGGUCGCUAUCCUCUCUACCAAAACCUUUGAUUGCUGCUUCAGGCGCGUUUCUUCCGAAAUAAAAGAUCUUCAUUUCUAUGAUUAUGGUCAUUUUCCCUGUUCAUCCUGUAAAUCGUGAUUGAUAUAUAUAGUUUUUUCCUUUUUGUACUCUCUCUCCUUUUUAUAGAAGAGAGAUUUGGUGGAAGCCUUGAUUGAUUCUGUUCAUCUCUCAGAAAUAAUAUUAUGUAUAGAUAGAUAAAAGCUCUUUUUCCUCAA